UGUUCAAGGUAGGUUGCACCGUUUAUGAAAGUUGGUGUUUGUUCUGUCUUGCCGCUCUCUCCAGGUCCCACAAGCUCAUUCCACAAAAUUCCUCACCCGCAACCGAAGGGGAUGGAUUCCUCGCAUUCUCUUGUGAAUGAUUCUUCUUCUUAUCUUCGGAUUUAGCCGCGAGUAAGAGUUGUUUCUACCUGGGUAUCCGAAAAACCCUUAACCAUUUAGGCACCGUUGCGAAGCUCGGUCUGGGAGGUGGAGGGCUUUGUCGAUCCGAAUGGAAGCUACCGUCAGCAACGGCGGGUCCCUUCCCGUGCCUUCGGCCCAGCAUCCACCCAGGAAGGAAUGGCGCACCGUAUCCGAGCACUCGUUUCAUAACAAUGGAGGCGAAGAGAUGGAGCACGUUAAGUUUGGGCAGUCCGACGAAAGAACGAUAUAUGAGGUACAGGAAGUCACCGGACCACUUGACGUGGAUUUCUGCUCGAUCACAAUCGAUGGUGGGGGGCUGACGGACAAGACAUUGCAAGGUCGUCUUCAGGAGGUUUCUAGGCAGAGGGAGGAACUGGAACAUUUGGAAACGGAGCUAAGGGCUCAGGCAAUUGCCAGGACUGAGACAAUGGAGAUGCAGAGAAGGUACCAGUCACAGAUACGGGAGCAUGUUGAUGCAACUGCACAGCUAAAGGACCUAAUAAAACAAAAAGAGCAAGAAAUAUCUGAAUUAAAGGCGACAUUGGAAGAGAAGGACAGAGAAUUACGUUCAGUUAAGAUAGACAAUGAAGCGGUUUGGGCUAAAGAGGACCUCCUUAGGGAACAAAAUAAAGAGCUAGCUACCUUCAGGAGAGAACUUGAUAACUCCGAAGUUGAAAGAGCCCAGCUUGUAAAGCAAAUUCAUGAUCUCCAAGAACAUGUACGUGAGAAGGAGAGCCAGUUUCUUGCAUUGGAAGAGCAGCUUAGGGUUGCUCGGGAAACAGUACUUUACAAGGAUGAGCAGUUACGGGAAGCACAAGCAUGGAUUGCACGUGUUCAGGUGGAUGCUUUGCAGUCAACAACAAAUCAGUCUUUACAAGCUGAACUGCAGGAGCGGACUGAGCAGUUCAAUCAAUAUUGGAUUGCUUUGCAGCGACAGUUUGUGGAAAUGGAGCGUCACCACAUACAAACAAUACAACAACUUCAUUUGGAGCUAGCAGAGGCAAGGGGGAAGAGUGAAAUAUACAAAGAUGGCUUCCUAAUGGCACAUGAAAACUCAACUGAUUCUUCAUCACAUUUGCAAAAGAAGGGACACCAAAUGAAUACUACUAAUGAUGGCAUCAUAAACAGUGCCUUGACACAUCCAUCAAAUGGAAAAUUUUCAACUUCCAGCUCUUCAAUCAAUACAGAACAUGCCUCUAGUGUUCCUGUAUUUCCUCCUCCGCUUGGAAUAGGCACCUUUGUGCCUGGUGGUCAGGUGGCUGCCUUUCGCCCUUUUGUUAUGCACCCUCAAGGUGUUCCACAUUCUCCGUCAUCCACAAAUUCCAUCAUCUCUCAAUCUUAUUUGGGCAAUGUUCUGCCAACAUCUCCAGUGCCAGCCCAACAGUUAUGGCUGAAUCAUCAGGUUAUGCUCAAUCAGAGUAAAUGCAAUACAUCUCAGUUAGAGCCAAAUCAAGUUGGAUCAGAUUCUCAUUUUAGCUGUCAGCUUUCUUCUGAUGGAAAGGUACUCCAGGAAUACCAUCUCAACUCUCAAAACAACCAACAGCAGAGUUCCUUUCCUGCGAUCAAUGGGUCAAAUGAAGAAAUUCAGGAUUAUAGCAUUGCAUCUUUUAAUGAAUCACAAGAGCUAGUUACAACAUCAAGUCAACAGUGCUUAGCUUCCAUUAUAGAUGCAGAGGCUGCUCCAAGCAUUGUUGUUGGUUCCAACAGUGCUGCAGAAUACAAUAGAGCUAAGCUGGUAUCUUCUGAAACUACGAUUCCAACCACACAUGAAUCAAGCUCGGUGACCACCAGUAAGACAAUGGACCAUGCUCUUUUAGAUGAAAGGGCACUUUUGGCUUGCAUUGUUCGUGCAAUUCCUGCCGGAUCUGAUGGUCGAAUUAGGAUUAGCACUACUUUGCCAAAUAGGCUUGGAAAAAUGCUUGCACCUCUUCACUGGCAUGAUUAUAAGAAACACUAUGGAAAGCUUGAUGAUUUUGUUUCCCAUCAUCCCGAACUAUUUGUAAUUGAAGGAGACUUUAUUCAUCUACGUGAAGGAGCUCAAGAAAUCAUAUCCGCCACUGCAGCGGUGGCAAAAGUCGCAGCUGCAGCUGCAGCAUCCUCUGUUUCGUAUUCUUCAUUGGUCCCAUCAGUUGCUGUCACUCCAGUUUCUCAGACCAAUCGUCAUAAAAAGUCAUCUGUAGAAUCCAACAACACUCAAGCUUCAUAUAAUAGUUUCCCAGUGAAUCUGAAAAGCCCCCAUCAACCACAAAAUGGCAUCAGCUUUAAAAUUGUUCAAGAAAUACCAGACGAAACCUUCUCGAACAAAAUAAAGAAUUCUUAUGGAAUGAAUGGUUUGUCAAAUGUCAGGCAUGUCUUUGGAGGGAAGCAACAAGAAAGGUCUUCUGGAACUGGACUUAUUUCCAGGCGAUAGUAAGUUGCUGUAAUGACAUGCCAUUCUUUUUAUCUAUUUGUUCUAUGCAAUGUGAAUACGUUUAUCUUAUUUAAUUUAGUUCCUUCUAACCGACAGAGCUAUGGGUAUCUAUAACUGCUACUAUUUUUUAAGGUCUGGAUGUUUGAUGAUAUUAUCGCAUUUUAAUCUGCCAGUUUGUUUUGAUCAAUGGAAGUUUACCAAGUCAAUUUACUAAUCA